AUACGAAACAUCGGCACGAGUGAUUAUAAAUUUAUAACACCAUAUUAUUUAGAAGGAUAAAUUUAUUUAUAGAAUGCCGUGACACGUGGCGUACCGAUUACGCACAAUAUUUUCUUCAUCACGUGGGACUUCAUUUCACGGCAAACCCACCUGUUUCCAUUAACUCCGGUGAAGUGCAGCUCUCUCCCAUCUUCUCUCUCUCUCUCUCUCUUCACUCUGAGCUGUGAUAUCUAUCCAUCUUACCUUCUAGAAAAGUAAAACCCAGCAGCCGAACAAGGCGGCGACGCCGGGCCGCCGUGAUAUUGGAUGGCACCAACGGGUUGGGAGCCCGCCACCGGCCUUAGCGACCUGCCGGACGUCAUACUGUCGAACAUCUUCGCGCUCGUGACGGACACGCGCGCCCGGAACUCGCUCUCCCUUGUCUGCCGCAAGUACCUGGCGCUGGAGCGGUCCACGCGCUCCUCCCUCAUCCUCCGCGGCAACGUCCGGGACCUCCUCGGGAUCCCCGUCAGCUUCCGCCGCGUCACCAACCUCGACCUCUCCCUCCUCUCCCCCUGGGGCACCGACCUCCUCUCCGCCGCGGCCGUCGACCCCUACCUCCUCGCCCACCGCCUCUGCCUCGCCUUCCCGGAGGUCACCUCCCUCACCGUCUACGCCCGCUCCUUCCUCGUGCUCCAGAUCCUCCUCCCCCUUUGGCCUCACCUGAGCCACGUCAAGCUGGUCCGGUGGCAUCAGCGGCCGCCGCAAUCGCCCCUCGGCGCCGACUUCGACACCCUCUUCCGGAGCUGCAGCUCUCUCCGGUCGCUCGAUCUCUCCAGCUUCUACUACUACACGGAGGAUCUCCCGCCGGUUCUUCAAGCCUGCCCCCAAAUCUCUGCCGGCCUCACGAGGCUCGAUCUCCUCACUGUUUCGUUCAGCGAGGGCUUCAAGUCCCACGAGAUUAGCGUGAUCACUUCCAGUUGCACGAACCUGAAGGAGUUCCUCGUCGCCUGUACGUUCGAUCCCAGGUACAUCGGUUUUGUCGGAGAUCAAGCCCUCCUUGAUAUCGCAACCAAUUGCCCCAGCUUGACUCUGCUUCACUUAGUAGAUACUAAUUCGUUGUCUAAUGCUCGGGUCGAUCCCGAGGAAGAUGGGUUUGCUUCCGAGGAUGCUGGGAUUACUCGGGAAGCUCUCGUCGAGGUCUUUUCGCGACUGACUUUGCUGGAAGAGUUAGUGUUAGAUGUUUGUAGGAAUGUCAGAGAGAGUGGGUCUGCUCUGGAAGUGUUGAACUCGAAGUGCAAGAAUUUGCGAACUCUCAAGUUGGGCCAUUUCCAGGGGGUCGUAAUGGCGAUCGAGUCCCAAUUAGAUGGGCUAGCUAAGUGUCAGGGGCUUACUUCAUUGUCGAUCAAAAACUCAGCAGAUUUGACCGAUAUGGGGCUGAUCGAGAUUGGCAAAGGCUGCUCAAACCUUGUCAAAUUUGAAGUCCAAGGUUGCAAGAACAUCACGUGGAUGGCAAUGAGAACGCUGACCACUCUGCUUCGUCGGACUUUGGUUGAUGUGUCCAUUUCUUGCUGUAAGAAUCUCGGAGCUGCCGCUUCCCUUCGCUCAGUGGAUCCAGUUCGGGAUCGGAUCCAGAGACUCCACAUAGACUGCGUGUGGGAUGGGUUGGAGUUGGAUGAUUGUGAGAAGCAAGAAGAAGUGGCUCGAAACUUUGAUCUCAAUCAGGCAGUCGAGCCUUCUGGUGGUAAGCUCUUGAACUUCUAUGGAAGUGAACUGGAAGAGGACUCUGGGAGGCAUAAGAAGUGCAGGUACUCUUUGGAUUUAGACGCGAAUAAUAGUUCCCACUCGCAGAGCAAUGGGAAUGGGUUCUUCUCGACCAAGAGCUGGGAGAAGUUGAGGUAUCUCUCUCUUUGGAUUGGAGUGGGGGAGCUGCUGAACCCUUUGCAAAGGGCAGGUCUGGAGGAUUGUCCUAGUUUGGAGGAGAUCCGGAUACGAGUCGAAGGGGACUGCCGAGGCAGGCAGAAGCCGGCUGUUCGGGCUUUUGGGUUGAGCACUCUGGCCCAAUACCGGGCCCUAUCGAAGAUGCAACUGGAUUGUGGUGACGCGAUAGGUUAUGCUUUAACUGCCCCAUCAGGUCAGAUGGACCUGAGCCUGUGGGAGAGGUUCUUCUUGAAUGGGAUUGGGGAUCUGAGCCUUAGUGAGCUCGAUUACUGGCCCCCGCAGGAUCGGGAUGUGAAUCAGAGGAGCUUGUCCCUCCCUGCAGCUGGGUUGCUCGCAGAAUGCCGCUUGAGGAAGCUCUUCAUUCACGGGACUGCACACGAGCACUUCAUGAAUUUCUUGCUGAGGAUCCCAAACCUGAGGGACGUGCAGCUGAGGGAAGACUACUACCCGGCACCAGAGAAUGAUAUGAGCACCGAGAUGCGAGUGGACUCCUGCAGCCGUUUUGAAGAUGCAUUAAAUCGGCGCCACAUCCUCGACUGAGAAAAUGCAUCCGUGACUUUUAGGAAUAAGAAUAAGAGGUAGCAAGAAGGCCUGUCCGCUGUUGCUUUUGUUUAUAAUUUUGAAGAACUCAGGAAGUUGAACCAGAAUUGAGCUGACACUCCGUGCAUGGAAAAAGAAUGUUCGAGUUGUCUUCAUCUCGAAGCAUUUUUGCAUUUA